CAUUCUUCGAUUUGUUACUGUUUUUGUGCAUUUCUGUGUUCGAUUUUGUGUUGAUUUAUCAUUCCAGCAGUGUAUUUGUUCGAUUUGAUCUGUGGGUUUUGUGGGUGUGGACUCCAGGUACCAUUUCUCUGUCUCUACUCUUCUUGGUCUGUGGUUGUUGGAACGAGAAGAAAGGCUGGAAGAGUUUUGUGGCGAUUUGGUGCUUUGGUCGAUUUCAGUUGGAUUCACUCAGAAUGGCAAGAUUAAAUAGGAAACAAAAAAGGAAAAGAGAAGAGCAAGAGGGAUUGAUGGCAUUACAGGCCUUUAUGAACGCUGUCAUUGGUGUUUUUCGUUUGUACUUGUUCAUCACGUCCACGUUUCGCCCUCGUCGUCCGGAGUUGUCUCCGAAUCCAGACUUUUACCAGACGCACGUAAACAACAUCAAUAGGCUUGUAAGGGGUAGUGACGCGGACUGCCAUGAACAGUUGAGGGUGAAUAGACAAACUUUUAUGAGAUUGUGUUGUUUAGUCCGAGGUGUUGGGUUAACCGACUCACGCAACGUAUGUCUCGAGGAGAGGGUAGCAAUAUUCUUGUGGGUCCUCGGUCACCAUACGAAGCAGAGGCGUACAAAAUUUGAAUUCUAUAGGUCUACUGAGACAAUAAGUAGGCAUUUCAAUGCUGUACUCCAAGCUGUCUUGCGCCUUCACCGAAUGCUCCUAGAGACGCCCAACCUUGUACCUGCUAACUACGAAGACAAUAGGUGGAAUUGGUUUCAGAAUUGUCUUGGGGCCUUGGAUGGGACGUACGUGCCAGUAAAUCCCCCGGCCGCGGAUAGGCCACGAUAUAGGUCGAGGAAGGGUGAUAUUGCUACUAAUGUCUUAGGUGUUUGUACCCGGGACCUUAAAUUUGUCUAUGUAUUGUCUGGUUGGGAAGGAUCGGCCACAGACUCUAGAAUCCUUGGAAAUGCCAUGGAAAGACCCCACGGUCUUAGAGUUCCCCGUGGACAAUAUUACCUUGUUGAUGCCGGCUACACCAAUGGCAACGGUUUUUUAGCACCAUACCGUGGACAGCGAUAUCACAUUAACAUUUGGAGGCAAGGUCACAUGCCAAUAAGCAAAGAGGAGUUCUUCAACAUGAAACACUCUGCCGCUAGGAAUGUCAUUGAGAGAAGCUUCGGGGUUCUCAAGAUGCGGUUUGCAAUUUUGAGAUCUCCCUCGUAUUACCCUAUAAGGACUCAAUGUCGUAUCGUGUCAGCAUGUUGUCUGCUUCAUAACCUAAUUAAGAGAGAGAUGCCGAACGAUCCCAUUGAACACGAGUACACUGCGUGGGAACAAGCACAUGUGAACGAUGUCCCUGUUGAUGAUAACAUUGUUAACGUUGAGAGUUCCAAUGAGUGGACUGCGGGGAGGGAUGCUCUAGCGGCGGCCAUGUAUAACCAUUGGUUAGCCAAUGGUGGGGGACAAGUGGAGGGCAUCCUUCCUUGAUUAUAUUUUCGUUUUGUGGUGUACAACAUUGUAAUUCUAAUAAUUCGAACUUGUUCGAAACUUAUAUUUGUGAACAACUUGUAACGUACUAUUGAAUUUGCCGGUAUUUUUCAUAACGUAAUGUUUAAGGUCGUACUAUUACAAUUGUUGGCCACUU